AUGCAGCUAAAGGCGGAGAAAGACUCCCUUCAGCGUGAGCUAGAGACUGAAAAGCUCACUCAUGCAGCAAGGGUGGACCAAGAUCUCCAGCUGAUCAACACCCUGAAAGUGGAGAAAGACGCUCUAAAGGCGGAGAAAGACGCCCUUCAGCGUGAGCUAGAGACUGAAAAGCUCUCUCAUGCAGCAAGGGUGGACCAAGAUCUCCAGCUGAUCAACACCCUGAAGGCGGAGAAAGACGCUCUAAAGGUGGAGAAAGACUCCCUUCAGUGUGAGCUAGAGACUGAAAAGCUCACUCAUGCCGACAGGACUGAAAAAGAUCUCCAGCUGAUCAACACCCUGAAAGUGGAGAAAGACGCCCUUCAGCAUGAGCUACAGACUGAAAAGCUGGCUCAUGCCGACAGGAUUGAUAAAGAUCUCCAGCUGAUCGACACCCUUCAAUGUGAGCUGGAGAAUGAAAAGCUCACUCAUGCAGCAAGGGUGGACCAAGAUCUCCAGCUGAUCAAUACCCUGAAAGUGGAGAAAGACACCCUGAAGGCGGAGAAAGACAAGCUGAAGGCGGAGAAAGACAUGCUUCAGCAUGAGCUAGAGACUGAAAAGCUCUCUCAUGCAGCAAGGGUGGAACAAGAUCUCCAGCUGAUCAACACCCUGAAAGUGGAGAAAGACGCCCUUCAGCAUGAGCUACAGACUGAAAAGCUGGCUCAUGCCGACAGGAUUGAUAAAGAUCUCCAGCUGAUCGACACCCUUCAAUGUGAGCUGGAGAAUGAAAAGCUCACUCAUGCAGCAAGGGUGGACCAAGAUCUCCAGCUGAUCAAUACCCUGAAAGUGGAGAAAGACACCCUGAAGGCGGAGAAAGACAAGCUGAAGGCGGAGAAAGACAUGCUUCAGCAUGAGCUAGAGACUGAAAAGCUCUCUCAUGCAGCAAGGGUGGAACAAGAUCUCCAGCUGAUCAACACCCUGAAAGUGGAGAAAGACGCCCUUCAGCAUGAGCUACAGACUGAAAAGCUGGCUCAUGCCGACAGGAUUGAUAAAGAUCUCCAGCUGAUCGACACCCUGAAGGCGGAGAAAGACAAGCUGAAGGCGGAGAAAGACAUGCUUCAGCAUGAGCUAGAGACUGAAAAGCUCUCUCAUGCAGCAAGGGUGGAACAAGAUCUCCAGCUGAUCAACACCCUGAAAGUGGAGAAAGACGCCCUUCAGCAUGAGCUACAGACUGAAAAGCUGGCUCAUGCCGACAGGAUUGAUAAAGAUCUCCAGCUGAUCGACACCCUUCAAUGUGAGCUGGAGAAUGAAAAGCUCACUCAUGCAGCAAGGGUGGACCAAGAUCUCCAGCUGAUCAAUACCCUGAAAGUGGAGAAAGACACCCUGAAGGCGGAGAAAGACAAGCUGAAGGCGGAGAAAGACAUGCUUCAGCAUGAGCUAGAGACUGAAAAGCUCUCUCAUCCUGGAAUCGCAACCUUAACGUGGUGGAGAGGUUUGUGUGUCCCAAUGAUCCUGGGAGCUGUGUUGUCUGGGGCAUUAGCCCCUGAUAGGGUCUCCCAUGGCAAAUUGGUCUCAGGGGAGGGACCAGACGAAGAGCGAUUCAAAAAAAUAUACUUUAUUACUUCUUUUUGA